AUGUCUCAACAUGAUGUAAAGAGAGGUUCAUCAGCUUCUGAUCAUCACAAGAGGAGGGAAAAGAAUACAAAUAAUAAUAACAAGAAGAAUGCUGAUAAAUCAUCCCUGAUUGAAAUUUUGCAGAGUUUCGGAAUUAUUGUCAAGACAAGGAUUACUUUUCAUGAUCGGAAGAAGAGAGAAAAUUUAGAUCAACAACUUUUGGAGCAAUUUAUGAAUAGUAGAAAUUAUGCUCCAGUGGUGAGUGAUGGAUCGAAUGAUCAUGAGGGUUUGAUGGAGCAAUCUAUACAGGAGGGAAAAGUCAUGCCAAAUGGUCAUGAUCAUGUUGUAAAUAUUAAGAGAUCAAAGAUAAUUAUUCGAUUCAAAUGUGGUUUUGAUCAUACAAAGAGUUUUGAUUUGGAAAAGAAUGAUUGCAAUUCGUUAGACGAAGUCAAGAACAAUUUUAAUAUGGGGAAUGAACGAAUGAAGAAAGAGACUUUCUAUUCAAUCAUUGGUGCUGAACGGAAGAAUACAAAUGUUAUGCACAUUGAAUUUGAUUUGAAAUUUGAUUCCAUUUUGGAGAUUGUCAAAUAUUUGAAUAUUUCAGAUUGCAAGAAUGUCAAUUUAAUGUUAGAAAAUGAAAUACUUUCAAGAUUGGUUGACAUUCUUGAUGUGGAUCAAGAAAAGAAACAAGUUUACAUCAAACUCAAAACUUUUGACACAGCAAGUUCUACAACCAACUUGGUACAUUAUUUUUUAAUGGGAAAACUCGACGGAACUGAGACAUGUUUCAUGCUGGAUGUGACUUACAUAAAUUGCUAUACAAGAAACUUGACCACAAUUGACCAAAUUUACCAAUACUACACUCCUGGAUUUCUCAAAAGUCGUAUUUACAGCAAGAAUAAUUCGAACACUUUUCAAGAUUGCAAAGAUGUUGGAAUCUACCGAGUAUUAAUUGGAUGUUUCUUCUAUGGAAUGACAACUUCUUCUGGAGGGGUUCAUAUGAAGAGUUCAAGAGUCCAUCCCUUUGAUAUUAUUUAUUCCAAGUUUAAACCAAAAAUAUUGGAAUGCCCUUAUCAAGGAGGAGGUUAUGGAUUGAUUGUGCAAAAUAUUGCUGAAUUUCAUAGCCAACCAUUCGAAGAAUUGCAAGUCAUUGACAUUGACAAUUUUCCAACAAAGAAAUGGCUUGCACAAGUUGUUUCGCAACAAGACGUAAAACCUCUCAUUGCAGAUUCGACCGUUUCGUGUAACUUUGAGAAUAGAAUUUCUCUUGGACAAUUUAUUCAAUUUGAUGGCAAGCAAUUGAUCGUUUUGGUUUGCAAGUCAUUUAAUGAAGAGAAGGAGGAUUUGGAAACUAUUAGCCAAGUUUCGAAUAUGAUUUAUGAAAAGUUUGCGCCUUCAGUUAAAACAACCAAUUACAACAUUAUUGUAACUGGCUAUAAAGCUGGAGGAAGCGUUGCCUGUGAAGUUGCUUACAAGAUGAAGAAACAGUAUCCUGACAAGGACAUUUCUAUCUUGACACUGAACUGUCAACCGUAUGCCACAGUUGACCAACGUUCAGAUAUGAAAACUCUUUUCAAAAAGGCAAAGAAUUUGAUUAAUUUCAAACAAUUGGCAUUACUAUGUAGUGGAGAUAAGGUAGUCCCAAUUUCAAGUCCAUUUGAUUUUCAAGACGAAACCAUUUCUCAAUUUUUAGGAAAGAUUUGGGAACUUGUUUCAGAAGUUUACCUUUUAAAAACUUUCAGCUAUGAAAAAUUGCUGGCCAUUACUUCAGUUCUAGUUCCUGCUUUGGCCAUGAAGAAAAUCAAAUUAGAUCUCAAAUCUUUGUUUAUCACAGCUGUAGCAGGAUUGGCCUAUUUCACAAUUACUCAAAUUAUUUCACUAUUUAAGGAAAAGGAUUCAUUCAACUAUAAUUUUAAUGGAUAUUUGCAAUCAUUUGUCAAAUAUUUAAUUGAAUCCACCAAAGUGGGUGCAGCCACAGUUUCAUUUACUUGGAAAUUUAUUUGGAAUAUUCUGACAGGUGUCUUCCAAGUUCUUGUCCAACCUCUUGCUGAUAUUAUUUCUGAAUUCUAUGAGAAACUGAAGAAAUUGAUAUUUAUCAAUGUUUCAAAUCCAGUCCCAGUUGUGGAAAAGGUGGUCGACAAUGAUGUCGAUUAUUCAUUUCUUCAAGAUUUGUUUCAAGACACAAAAGUUGCAUUUGACAAUACUUCUUUCAAUAAAUAAUGAAAUAUAU